CUGAAACUCCCCGGGCUGAUCUGUUAAGUCCCGUUAAAAUGGGCACUGAGGAUUUUAAGUUCGCUGAGGUUUUCUCGUAUGAGAGCCUUGUACACGCAGUAGCGGGGGCCAUGGGCAGCGUGACGGCGAUGACCGUGUUUUUCCCUCUUGAUACGGCCAGACUUCGGCUUCAAGUGGAUGACAGGAGGAAAGCGCGCUCCACUCCCGCUAUUUUGGCGGAGAUCGUCAGGGAGGAAGGACUUCUGUCUCCUUAUAGGGGCUGGUUACCAGCUAUUUGUAGUCUGUGUUGUUCAAACUUCGUAUACUUUUACUGCUUUCACAGUCUGAAGGCUAGUUUUCUGAGGGGUCAGAGGUCAACACCUGGCAAGGACCUCCUCUUUGGCAUUGUUGCAGGAGUGGUGAAUGUAUUAGUGACCACUCCUCUGUGGGUGGUGAAUACCAGACUGAAACUCCAGGGGGCGAACUUCAGAAACGCAGAUAUCCGCCCCACACAGUACUCUGGGAUGAUUGAUGCAUUUGUUCAGAUAGUUCGGCAGGAGGGCCUGUGGUCUCUGUGGAACGGGACGUUUCCUUCGCUGCUAUUGGUUCUUAAUCCUGCCAUUCAGUUUAUGAUCUAUGAGGGUCUGAAGAGACAGCUGCGGAGAGGGGGCGUGGUCAGGGAGCUGUCAGCGGUGGAGGUAUUCCUGAUUGGGGCAGUAUCUAAGGCUGUGGCCACCACAGUGACUUACCCACUGCAGACGGUCCAGUCUGUUCUCAGGUUUGGGCAGCACAGACAACCCACAGAACACUCACAGCUACUCAGCAGCCUAAGGAGUAUGACGUACCUGCUUAUCAACAGAGUCAGGAAGUAUGGCAUGCUGGGAUUGUUCAAAGGACUGGAGGCCAAACUGCUGCAGACCGUCCUGACGGCGGCCCUCAUGUUUCUGCUCUACGAGAAGAUCGCCAGCCUCACCUUCAGAGUCAUGGGGGUCAAAUCUCCUAACUACCGCCGAUGACGACCUCUGACCCUACACUUCUGACCUCUGCUGUCAGUAUAUGUACCUGCAGCACUAUGGUGUUUUUAUUUUUGUUUGUUUUAUUUUUUCUCUUUUCGGGUGAGCCUGCACUUGUAAAGACCUUGCUGUUACAGUGUGGAACGGUUUGUCGUCAUGGUAACCUCAGUGACCCUCUGUUUGACACAGAGAAAGUGUCCAGCA